AUGACUAUCACUGUGGUUAUGGGGGCGCAGUUUGGUGACGAAGGCAAGGGGAAAUUGACCGAUAUCCUCGCGCCCAAGGCCCAGCUGUGCGCCCGCGCUGCCGGAGGACACAACGCUGGUCAUCAAAUUGUCGCCAAUGGAGUCUCCUACAGCUUUCACCUGCUCCCGUCCGGUUUGAUCAACCCGUCGUGUAUGAACCUGAUUGGUGCCGACGUGGUCUUCUACGCGCCGAGUUUCUUCAAGGAGCUCCAGGAACUGGAGGACAAGGGAUUGAAGGAUGUCCGCGAGAAGCUCCUGGUCUCUGACCGCUGCAACAUUGUGCUGGACCUGCACGUGGCUGUCGACGGCCUUGAGGAGGUCGAGCUCGGAGCGCGCCAGAUUGGAACGACCAGGCGCGGCAUUGGCCCUACGUAUGCGUGCAAGCAUGCGCGGAACGGAAUCCGCCUUGCCGAGAUUUUCAACCCCGAGCUCUUUGAGAGAAAGCUACGUCAGCUCGAACAAGGCUAUCGCAAGCGAUUCGGAGAUCUUUUGGUCUACGAUAUGGAGGAUGAGCUUAAGAGAUUCGAGACCUAUCGGGCUGAGCUGCGCAAGUACACUAUCGACUCGACUGCCUUGAUGUAUCAGGCUCAGAAGGAUAACAAGGAUAUCCUGAUUGAGGGAGCAAACGUUGGCGGGUCGUGCAACUGGGUCCGUGGUCUCAACCCCUUUUCCGAUUCGAACAGAAGCAACGGCAGUGACGCAGAGGUGGAACUCAAACUUGGUUUCGACGACCUUGGACCAGACGGACCACUAGCUGGCCUCUGCUUGAGCUUUGGCAGUCGAAACGACAGUCUUUUCGUCACAUCGAGCUCGACAACCAUCGCAGGUAUCAUCAAUGGCCUGUCUCUGAACCCAAGGGGUUUGACGGAGGUGAUCGGUGUCGUGAAGGCUUACACUACCCGAGUUGGAGCGGGUGCCUUCAAGACUGAAGAUACCGGAGAGAUUGGCACGAAGCUCCAAGAGCUUGGACACGAAUGGGGCACAUCAACCGGCCGCAGAAGACGAUGCGGAUGGCUCGACCUGGUCAUCGUUCGCUACUCCAACUCAGUGAACUACUACGACUCCAUCAACCUGACAAAGCUGGACGUUCUCGACACCAUGGAGACCAUCAAAGUGGCUGUCGCAUACAAAUUGGACGGGGAAGAGCUUUCUUCAUACCCCGCUGACCUAGACGCUCUCGAGCGCUGUGAGGUUGUGUAUAAGGAGUUCCCCGGCUGGCAGAAGUCUACGACCAACUGCAAGACGUGGUACGAUCUUCCGUCAAAGGCGAGAGACUACGUGGAGUUUAUUGAGAAGUUUGUCGGAGUCAAGAUCAAGUGGAUUGGCACAGGUCCCGAUCGUGAGGCCAUGAUUACGCGGGCUUGA